AGAGUAAAUCUCCGAUUCAUUGGUUCAUUUUUUUACUCUGGAAAUGACUAUAAAAACACCGGGAACUCCGGUUUCGAAGAUGGACAGAACACCAGCUGUAACACCAGGUGGAAGCUCAAGAUCCAGGGAAGAGAAGAUUGUUGUUACUGUAAGGUUAAGGCCAUUGAACAAGAAAGAACUGUUAGCUAAAGACCAAGUUGCUUGGGAAUGUGUAGAUGACCACACCAUUGUGUCUAAACCACAAGUUCAAGAACGUUUGCAUCAUCAGUCCUCAUUUACAUUUGAUAAAGUUUUUGGACCAGAGAGUUUAACUGAGAAUGUGUAUGAAGAUGGUGUUAAGAAUGUUGCAUUGUCUGCUUUGAUGGGCAUAAAUGCAACAAUAUUUGCAUAUGGACAAACGAGCAGUGGAAAGACAUAUACCAUGAGAGGAGUAACCGAGAAAGCUGUCAAUGAUAUUUACAAUCACAUAAUUAAGACCCCUGAAAGAGAUUUUACUAUCAAGAUUUCUGGUCUGGAAAUAUAUAAUGAAAAUGUCAGAGAUCUGCUGAAUUCAGAUUCCGGACGUGCCCUUAAACUCCUUGAUGAUCCAGAGAAAGGUACUGUGGUUGAAAAACUGGUAGAAGAAACAGCUAAUAACGAUCAACAUUUGCGGCAUCUGAUUAGCAUUUGUGAAGCUCAAAGACAAGUUGGGGAAACUGCUUUGAAUGAUACCAGCUCCCGGUCACACCAAAUAAUCAGACUGACGAUACAAAGUACUCACCGAGAAAAUUCAGAUUGUGUGAGGUCAUACAUGGCUAGUCUGAACUUUGUGGACUUAGCAGGAAGCGAAAGAGCAUCACAAUCGCAGGCAGAUGGAACGAGACUCAGGGAAGGUUGCCAUAUCAAUCUAAGUCUAAUGACACUUACAACUGUCAUAAGGAAGUUAAGUGUGGGGAAAAGAAGCGGCCAUGUACCUUACAGAGACUCCAAGCUUACUCGGAUUUUACAGCAUUCACUAGGUGGGAAUGCUCGAACAGCCAUUAUAUGUACAUUGAGUCCAGCUUUGGCUCAUGUUGAACAAUCAAGAAAUACUCUAUACUUCGCCAACCGAGCCAAGGAAGUUACAAACAAUGCCCACGUGAACAUGGUUGUCUCUGAUAAGCAACUAGUGAAACAUCUUCAGAAAGAAGUGGCUAGAUUGGAGGCCGAGCGUCGAACCCCUAAUCCAUCAAGUGAAAAGGAUUUCAAGAUCCAGCAGAUGGAAAUGGAAAUCGAAGAGCUUAGGAGACAAAGAGAUGAUGCACAAAGUCAACUUGAGGAGUUGCGCCAAAAGCUUCAAGGGGAUCAGCCACAAAAUAAGGGCCUAAAUCCUUUUGAAUCUCCAGACCCACCGGUCAGAAAAUGUCUUUCCUAUUCUGUUGCCGUGACACCUAGCACGGAGAACAAAACGCUAAACCGGAAUGAGAGAGCAAGAAAGACCACGAUACGCCAAUCUAUGAUACGGCAAUCAUCAACUGCUCCUUUUACAUUGAUGCAUGAAAUCCGCAAACUUGAACACCUUCAAGAACAGUUAGGGGAGGAAGCAACGAAAGCUCUUGAAGUGUUACAGAAGGAAGUAGCUUGCCAUAGACUAGGGAAUCAAGAUGCAGCUCAGACGAUAGCUAAGCUUCAAGCAGAGAUAAGGGAAAUGCGUACUGUUAAACAAUCUGCAAUGCUUAAAGAGGUUGGAGAUGUCAUAGCUCCUAACAAAAGCGUAAGUGCCAAUCUCAAGGAAGAGAUAACAAGGCUCCAUUCGCAAGGAAGCACCAUUGCAAAUCUAGAGGAGCAACUUGAGAGCGUUCAGAAGUCAAUAGAUAAGUUGGUGAUGUCUCUUCCGAGCAAUAUCAAUGCCGGAGAGGAAACCCCAAAGACAAAGAAUCAUCAUCAUCAAUCAAAAAAGAAGAAGCUUCUUCCUCUGACACCAAGCAGCGUUUCCAACCGCCAGAACUUCUUGAAAUCUCCAUGCUCUCCUCUUUCAGCUUCUAGGCAAGUCUUGGAUUGUGAUGCUGAGAACAAAGCUCCUCAAGAGAACAACAUUUCUGCUGCUAGAGGGGCAACGACACCACAAGGGUCUGAGAAAGAGACUCCACAGAAAGGAGAAGAAAGCGGAGAUGUCUCGUCAAGAGAAAGCACUCCAGGCUACAGGAGAUCAAGCUCAGUGAACAUGAAGAAAAUGCAGCAAAUGUUCCAAAACGCAGCAGAGGAGAACGUGAGAAGCAUAAGAGCAUACGUAACUGAACUCAAAGAACGUGUAGCUAAACUACAGUACCAGAAACAACUUCUCGUUUGUCAGGUGCUUGAGUUGGAAGCAAAUGAUGGAGCUGGAUAUAGUGUAGAGAACGAGGAGAACACGAUAAUGGAAGAUGAAGAGCAGAGUCAAGUGGCGUGGCAUAUAACUUUCAUAGAGGAAAGACAACAGAUCAUAGAGCUGUGGCAUGUCUGCCAUGUCUCCAUAAUCCACAGGACACAAUUCUAUCUACUGUUCAAAGGUGAUCAAGCCGAUCAAAUCUACAUGGAAGUCGAGCUAAGACGGUUAACUUGGUUAGAACAACAUCUAGCAGAAGUAGGUAACGCAACUCCAGCUCGAAACUGCGACGAAUCCGUGGUUUCUCUAUCAUCAAGUAUAAAAGCAUUGAGAAGGGAGCGCGAGUUUUUGGCGAAAAGGGUUAACUCAAGAUUGACGCCUGAAGAGAGAGAGGAGCUGUAUAUGAAAUGGGAUGUGCCACUGGAAGGGAAACAGAGGAAACUCCAGUUCGUGAACAAGCUAUGGACUGAUCCUUACGAUUCAAGGCACGUGCAAGAGAGUGCAGAGAUAGUUGCGAAGCUAGUUGGAUUCUGUGAAAGUGGUAACAUCUCUAAAGAGAUGUUUGAGCUCAAUUUCGCUGUGCCCUCAGAUAAAAGGCAGUGGAACAUUGGUUGGGACAACAUCUCUAAUCUUCUUCACCUUGUCGCAGCUACUCGACGAUCAUCAAUGUCGGUGGCUGCGGUGCCAAUGAUUUUAAAAUCUUCACUGAAGAAGAAGAGGAAGAGGAACAUCGGCUGCGGCGUUUCCCCUUCUUCGCCGACGACGACGGUGGUUGAUAAUGAAGUGGCGGUUAGACGGAAUUUGGCAAUGAGGCGGGUUUUGGAGGAUAACGGUGGCGAUGGAAGCUCCGUCAGAGAUUUCUCGCUAUUCACGACCAAGAGAGGUGACACGUUGUUCACUCAGUCAUGGACACCUGUUGACUCCGCUAAGAACAGGGGACUUGUUGUUCUGCUACAUGGUCUGAACGAACACAGUGGCAGGUAUAGUGAUUUUGCAAAGCAGCUAAAUGUUAAUGGAUUCAAGGUCUAUGGAAUAGAUUGGAUCGGUCAUGGUGGAAGCGAUGGACUUCAUGCUUACGUUGCUUCUCUUGAUUAUGCUGUCGCUGAUUUGAAAUCGUUUCUUGAGAAGGUAAUUGCGGAAAACCCGGGAUUGCCCUGUUUCUGCAUUGGCCACUCAACAGGAGGAGCCAUCAUCCUCAAGGCCAUGUUAGAUGCAAAGAUUGAAGCUCGGGUUUCAGGGAUUGUGCUAACUUCACCCGCAGUUGGAGUCCAACCAACUUAUCCUAUCUUCGGCGUAAUUGCACCAGUCCUCUCGUUCCUCAUACCGAGAUAUCAGUUAAGUGCUGCAAAAAAGAAAAUAAUGCCGGUUUCUCGUGACCCGGAAGCUCUAUUGGCUAAAUACUCUGACCCGCUAGUCUACACUGGAUUUAUCCGAGCAAGAACCGGUAACGAGAUCCUUAGACUUGGUGCUCAUUUACUGCAGAAUCUGAACAGAAUCAAGGUUCCGUUUCUUGUGAUGCACGGCACAGCUGAUACAGUUACUGAUCCUAAAGGUACCCAAAAGCUAUACAACGAGGCUUCCUCGUCUGAUAAGUCGAUCAAGCUGUACGAUGGGUUGUUACACGAUCUGCUCUUUGAACCAGAACGGGAAACUAUCGCUGGAGUCAUAUUGGAUUGGCUAAACCGGCGGGUUUAAAACCAAAUGUAGCAUUACUCCUUAGGUAAUAUAGAGGGAAAUGCGAGGAAAAAAAAACAUAAUGAAGAGUUCCUCUGUUUCUGAGGAUUUGUUCUCGACACUAUUUUGAGGCAUCACGCACAUUUUUAUUGCAAUGAAUAUACGAUGUUGUAACUA